GCCCGUCGCCGGUUGGUGAAAGAAGAUCGCUCAAGCAGCGCCAGCCACGCAGCGACCGGCCACCAUGCGCAUCGUGAUGAUCCACGCGCUUCGCCACUCGCAGGCGCCGAUUGAAGCAGCGUUCGCACGGCUGUGGCCGACAGCGUCGCUGGCCAACCUCACAGACGAUUCGCUGGCCGCCGACCUCGCGGCCCUCGUGCGCACCGACCCGCCUGCGACUGGCGCGCCGCCGCGCCUGUACGACCCGAUCCAAGCCCGCUUUCACUUUCUAAGCUCGUAUGCCACGACCGAGAUGGCGGGCGACGCAAUUCUGUUUACAUGCUCGGCGUUUGGGAGCUACAUUGACGCGGUCGCUGCCCGCGUGGCGCCAACGCCCGUGCUCAAGCCCAACGAAGCGAUGCUUGACGACCUCGUCGCAAUGGCCCGCGCGUCGUCGGCGACAGCGGCCGACCCGUUUGUGGUAGCGCUCGCCGCGACGUUCUACCCGACGUUGGGCUCGAUGCGCGAGGAAAUCGACGAGCUGCUUGGCGCCGCGCCGGACGUGCAUCUGCGCAUCGUGCCCGUGCACAUUGAAGACGCGCUCGAGGCGCUCAACGCCGGCGACAGUAAUCGCCACAACGAGCUGGCGGCAGCGACCUUGUCGGCGGUCGUGCAGGCGACGCCUGUCCACGCCGUGGCGUUGGCGCAGUUUAGCCUUGCACAGAGCGCGCCGCUCAUUGCUGCAUCCACGUUGCUGCCCGUGCUGACGACGCCGGACGCGGCCGUCCGUGCGCUGCAGCGGCGACUCCUGGCUCCAAGCGACGUCGGUUGCUCUUGAAACCGCUCGUAAUAAAAAAGAAUCCAAAACGAAACCUGUUGUAUUUUUCA